GAGGGGGGCACCCAAUCUCCUUCCUCCCCAUUUCUCUCUUCCCUCUUUUUUUCCCUUCUCCUUUCCUUCACUUAGAUUUUUUUUAAAAGGUUCUCUUCUUCACCUCGUUCCCCCUCCCUUCCCCUCCUUAUACAUCUGCUUCCUUCGGUUCCCUCCCCAUCCCCAUGUGAGAUCACCUAUUGUUGCAGUCUAGGUCUUUCCCCCCACCAAUCCUUGUCUCCUGUUUGCUUCAGCCCCCUUUGAUAUCCUUCGCCUGCUCCAUUUAUUUAUUUAUUUAAUUUUCUAUCUCCUCCCUUUCCUUCGGCCGGCCGUGAGAAGAGAUGUCUGGGGCUGAGAUCCAGGUACCAGCAACAUCAACAUCCCGUCUGGCUGGCGCACGUCGUGUCAAGGAUGCAAGCAACACAAUCUGCUGGGUACCAUUGUUCCUGGCAUCUUUUGCUCCAUCUCGUCGUUUCUGACGGCUGAAGCCCACCCACCCCCCUUUCCCCCUUCUCUCCUUUGCUUUGCUUUGCUGGAUAGCUGAUUUCUUUGACACCUUUUCUCUUCCUUCUCCCCCCACCCCACAACCCACCACCCGGCUGCACCUGCGUCUUGAGACCUCUCCCCGCCUCCUUCUCCUCCUUCCUGAUCCAUGAUUCUAGACUCCCCCUAAGAUGCUAAGACAAGGCCCCUUCCUUCUCCUGGCUGCGUCCAUGUCGUAUUUCAACCCUGAGAAAGCUUUGGCAGCGCCUUCGGGAAAUGAUGGUUUCUCCCAGGGCCGGACUCCCCUUGCUCCUCCCUAUGCUGUAGUCCUGAUCUCCUGCUCUGGCUUACUGGCCUUUAUCUUCCUCCUUCUCACCUGCCUGUGUUGCAAGCGAGGCGAUGUCGGGUUCAAGGAAUUUGAAAACCCCGAUGGAGAAGAAUAUUCUGGAGAGUACACGCCACCCGCAGAAGAGACGUCCUCUUCUCAGUCUAUCCCAGAUGUCUACAUCUUGCCACUCUCUGAGGUGUCACUCCCAACCUCCAACCAACAGAUUCCCAAAACAGAUCUGGUGAAGCACCUGGGACUCAGCAGGCAGCACCUCAGUUACCUGCAGGAGAUUGGAAAUGGCUGGUUUGGAAAGGUAAUUCUGGGAGAAAUAUUCUCAGAUUUCACCCCAGCACAGGUGGUAGUGAAGGAGUUGCGGGUGAGUGCUGGGCCACUUGAGCAGAGGAAAUUCCUGGCAGAAGCCCAGCCCUAUCGAAGCCUCCAGCAUCCAAACAUAUUGCAAUGUCUCGGCUUGUGUACAGAGACAAUCCCCUUCUUGCUCAUCAUGGAAUUCUGCCAGCUGGGUGAUCUGAAACGCUACCUUCGAGCUCAGCGCAAAGCAGAUGGGAUGACUCCUGAUCUGCUGACUCGUGACCUCAGCACACUACAGCGCAUGGCCUAUGAGAUCACUCUGGGGGUAUUACACCUGCAUAAAAACAAUUACAUCCACAGUGAUCUGGCCCUUCGGAACUGCUUGCUAACCUCUGACCUCACAGUGAGAGUUGGAGACUACGGACUGUCCCACAACAAUUAUAAGGAAGACUAUUAUAUUACUCCAGACCGGCUCUGGAUCCCUUUGCGUUGGGUUGCUCCAGAGUUGUUGGACGAGAUGCAUGGAAAUCUCAUCGUUGUGGAUCAAACCAAGGAGAGCAAUGUUUGGUCUAUGGGGGUGACCAUCUGGGAGCUUUUUGAGUUUGGCUCCCAGCCUUACCGACACCUUUCCGAUGAGGAGGUGCUCACCUUUGUCAUCAAGGAGCAGCAGAUGAAACUGGCCAAGCCACGCCUUAAACUUCCUUACUCUGACUAUUGUUCUCAGUCCACGAGUGAUCUGACUUUAUCUGUGAGUGAAGAAGGGGCAGAGCUAGAGGAAGAGGUAGGGAGGAGUUUAGGGCCAGCAACACCUCACCGUGACUCUGCCUACUUUUCUGAUGGGGAGGCAGAACCCCCUGAGGAACCUGCUGCAGCUGUUGCUCCUGGAAGUGAGGGAGAAAAAACGGUGGAGAAGAUAACAGUGGAUGGAGGUUUUGUGGUUCAGGUGUGCAAAGAACAACUGAUGGUCACACUGCAGGAGAACGUCACACGCAACCUGCUGUGCACUCAGAGGACCCCGACAGUGGGGAUUUCGCCAGCUGGCCUUUUGAAGGACCAGGCUGUUCUCAGGCUCUGGACCCUAGAGCCAGAGGAGGGGCAGGAGGAGACGGAGGAAGAGGAGGAGGAGGAGGAAGAAGAGGAAGGGGCCAAGAAAAGCCACAGUGUGGAUGUGGUGGAUUCCCAGUGGUCAGAAAGUGUGGAAAAUAAAGGAAAGGAGGAGGAGGCACAAGAAGAGGAGGAGAAGCAACAUGAAGAGGCAGAUGGAGAAACUGAAAGGAUGGAGCCAAAAUGCGAGGAAGAGAAAAGGAAAGAAGGGGAGAAGUCAAGUCACACAGAGAAGCCUAGCAGCAUGGAGGAGAUCCAGAGUGUAGCCAUGCCUACUGUUGCUGAAUUACAGGAUGGACAGGAAGACUGUUCUGUAGCAGCUGAGCAGCCCAAAAAGGAGCAGGGACCUAGAAUCCCUGUGAUGCAAGCUGGUGAAGAUAUCAAAGCCAAGCUCUCUCGGUUGUCUCUCUCACUUCCCCCUCUGGCCUUGCAGACAUUCCCUCCACCUGGUGGGGGAAGGAAAGGGCCGUUUUGGGAAGGAGCUGCUUUGGGGGAGGGCCCAGCCUUGAGCGGGAGAGAGGCUGCCAUAGCAGCAGAGGAUGAGGAGGAAGAUGAUGCUGAGGAGGAAGAAGAAGGUGGCGUGUCUGGACCUGGAGGGAGGGGCGUCCCCAUUGUGGUGAGUGAAAGUGACGACAGCCGCAACUUGCGUGGUCUACUCAAGUCGCCGCGCUCGGCUGAGGAGGCAGCUGCUGAGCUCGAUCGAAAGCGAAAGAUGGUCUCCUUCUUUGACGAUGUCACCGUCUACCUCUUUGAUCAGGAGACACCAACCAAUGAGUUGAGUUCACAGGGAGCCCCAGAUGGAGAUGCUCCUUCACCUUGCUUAACAUCGGAACCAGGGCUUGAUGCCUUCCCACCAGCUGAUGGCUUCAGUGGCAGUUUUGAGUGGGAUGAUGAUUUCCCCUUGAUGGCCCAGAACCCGUCUUACGUCUCCAUGGUGUCUGAUCCCAAUGCAACCAAGCCCCACCCAGCCCUGUCUUCACCAGGACCCAUGGCACCUACCUUGCUGCCGGCAGCCAAGAGAGCUGAGUCUGGUCUUGUGGAUGCCUUGAGGUUUUCACGCUUUACUGUCUCCCCUGCCUUGGAACCCCACCUUUCUCCAUCUUGCGAUACUGAACUUGGACCCACGGCCAACCCAAUUGAGAACUAAGACUAAGGAGAAAUCGGACAACCCAGCUGCCUCUUGUCUCCACGUUCAGAGACGAUGCCUAGUCAUCCAGUUGACUUGCUGAUUCCGAGCCACCAUUUGCCAAUUCCUAUGGCAGAUGGAUAGACAGAUGCGUGUGCGUGCGUGCGUGCGUUUGCGUGCAUGAGACGGGGCCAUUGUUGCUAACGGGAGCCUAACCUAAAUGGACUUUUGCCAUCUCUCUCAAUGUGCCCCUAUUUGGGGUGGGUGAGGCGGAACUUUUGUAUGAACAAUCAUGGGACAUCAGAUGAUGAUGGAGACAUCUCCUCGGUCUGUAAGGCCCCACCCACCCAACACUGGCUUUUGAAUGUAUAACUCCUAUCCUUUCUUGGCCCUCUGUUCCGCUCUCUGAUACGUCCGUUAUAAGGACCCUCUGUGCCAAAUGGAGUGAGUGAGAACCGGGUCUCCAGGACAUUGCCUCUGGCUGUACAUGAGUCCUCUGCAUCCCCCUGAAUCUCAUCAGCUAUACGUAAUUCUGGAAUAUGGAACAUGGCUGCCAGUCUGUUCCUCCUUUGUGCCAAAAGUGAAUGGGCCUAGUGGCAGGAUUACAUAGAAAAGACCAUUGAUUUAAGCCUUCGAUGGAGCAACACUAACAAGAUGGAAUAAUCAAAUCCGAAUCCCUACUUUGGAACUACCAAGGGAUGACUGGACUCAGUAAAACAGGUAGUGAGAUUUGGUUGGAUGGGGGAUGGGGACCUUUUUCCUGUCCCCCAAGAGGCUGAGUCAUCCCUCUCAUUUUUCAAAAGUGAUAUGCCUCUGUCUGCAUCUGUCGAUUGAUACCUGAAGUGCUAGGGAAAUAUGCUGAAUCGGUUACACCACCCAUCUGUAAGUGUAAAAGACACUGUGGCUAGUUGGGAACGGCACCUUUGAUAUUAUCCUGAUUGGUUGGUGCAUCAUAUUUGGAAGUUUGUCCAUGGUUCAUAUGUAGCAUUGAUGGAGGUGACUGGCCUUUCUUGGGACUGGCCUGUCAGGACCUUCCCAAUUCCCAACUGGUUUAUGCUCAGAAUUUUCAGAAAGUUACUGAGUCCUAGGAAAGUACUGUUAAAGUGGCAGAGAUUGGUGUAGCCAUUGAUCAGUUGUACUGAAAACAGCACAUGAAGAGAAGUGGUUUGAUUAAUAAAUGCAGGGGGCUUCAGAAAUUGAGGGAACCUGGUAGGGUUAUUUAUGACUUGAGGUGAAGAAUCUUGUCCACUCCUGCACUCUGUUUGUCAUACACUAUACCCACAUUUUGGAUAAAAGAAAUGUUGAUACAGGAUUAAUCUUGAGGAGGGGCAAAUAAAUGCAUGGUCUUGCCAUCCAGCAGGGGGGUGGGGUGGGAAUUAGAACUGGUGAUCACCCAAGCUCUUCCAGCAGUAAUUUCUGUAGAAAAUGUACAGCAAACAGUAUAUUGUUGAAUUUGCCAAGACUGCAGUAAUGAUAGUCAGCUUUAAUUACAAGGUUGGAACCCUUGGAUUUAAAGAUAUAUUAGAAGGUCCUUCUACUGUAUUUUACAGGGCAAAGGUACUGAACACUCCUUUCCCUCAUUCUAUAAGAAGAAUAUUUGUGCCUAACACAGAUGAAACAAAGACAACAGAUAUUUCAGAUGGCAGCUCCUGCUUGUAACCUGAGCGUAUGUGUCCGUGUCUUUGGUUUAUGACUUAGUUAUAUUAUUUUUUAAAUGAGACUUGGUAUUUUCUGGCAUUUAGACCUAAGGAGCCAUAAAUUGGCCUUUCUUCCACUUGUUCACUUCUGAUGUGCCAGACAGAUGGCUAAGCCAUCAGACACUUUUAGUAAACUCAGGAGCUGGUAAUUUAGCAGGAGAAUCGAUCUGCUUAUGAGCAAGAGCUGAGAGGUGGGGAAGCCAGUAGUCAUAAUUGGAUGCCAUCUAAUUUGUCUAGUCAGGUGGGACUCUACUGGACUUUUGGGUUACCUGAACUAUAAUCAACUAAUACUUGCAGGACCACCCUGUGUGAACAGCCAUGCCCCAUUCCACCUUCAACAUAUUGGAGCUAGUCUGUUUUUGAAAGCUUGAGGAGAGGCAGGCCUGAAGAAGACUUAAAUGGGAGAGCACCAGGUAUGCCAGGGAUCACCAAAUAGGAAAGAUUUCAGCCUGAAAGCCUAGAGAGUCACUGCCAGUCAGACAGUAGCUAUAUGGAACAAUAGUCUGAUUCAUUAUAAUGCAGUUACUUGUGUGUACUGCUUAUGACAAGUUGUUGUAAUGGGAAGCAAAAUAAGGCCUUUCGGUUUGGCCACCAGAGCCUCUGAUUCAAGACUCCUGUUAUCUUACACCAGCUUAUAUUUCCCUAAAGCUACUAAGGCUAGCUGUCAUCACAGCCUCCUGUUACUUAGUCUCCAAUAUGCUGAUAUAUUUUGCUAAGUGACACCCUACUGAUGCUCAUCUGCCUGGGAGCAAAAACCCCACAACACCCACCAUUUGAACCCUCAGAGGUUGCCUCAGUGACCUCUGGUCCUGGCAUGAUGAGACUUGGCAAACCUCAUAGUUUCUGACCCUGAGGUGAAAGGUAGAGCUGUGUUGAUCCUUGGUUUCCAGUUGUUGCACUUCAUACAGCAUCUGGCCACACUUUCUCCAGGAGACCUGAUAUCCACUGUGAAAAUCCUUGGCUUCUGGGGUGGUGCUCCCUAUCUGAGGCAUCCCUUUGUGCCUAAAAUGGCCUUUCUGGUAGCAUCAUUUUCAUAACCUCAGCUGGCUUUUGGAUUUCCCAGGUAGAACAGAUCCUACAUAGCUGUCCAAAGAGUGUAUGCCGGCAUAAGGGUGCAAGGGCUGUGGGGGUGGGCGUGCUUGCCGUACCCACAUUGUCCCCAUCUACGCUGCUGCCACCCCCACCCUCCUCAUAUUGUGCUGAAAGCUUCGAAGGAGGAAUCGCUUGUACUUUUUGCCACAGAAUUUUCAAAUCCUCCUCAUGACUGGAUUUUUCAGGCACAUAGCUGAACAUGCUUGGAAAACCCUUUAAAUCCUCAUUGUUCAAUAUGUGGACUUCAAAGGUGGAGCUGGGAUGUCUAACGCCAAUUGAGUGGAUGGUGUGGGACCUGAGGUGUAUACUUUCCACACUUCAUACACCAGGGCUGGCCACUGGGCAGAGUGCGGGGACUGCUUGAGGUGGCAAAUACAGGGGAAAGAAUCUCCUGGCCAUUCCUUCUCUUGGAGGACAGACAUGUGCUUGUCAUUCAGGCUGUCUCGUAACCCUCAGCCUGCCUACUUACCUCAGGUGUGGUACAAAAGCCUAUCCCGUCACCAGUGCUGAAGUAAAUGCAUGUGCUGUUCCAGUUUACUUGUGUAAAUAGAGAGGAUGGGGGUGAAUGAAUAGGAAUCAUCUUGUUCUUUGCCUCCAGCAGCAGUUAUAUCUGGGGAUGGUCCUUUUAGAAGGUAGAAGGAGCUGAAGCUGAAAAACAGCAUACUUUUAUGGUGGAUAUCAGUUAUCUCAAAACAAAGUGUCCACUUUGGUACCGUGUCAGGACUUCUAUCUUUUUCCUCAGUGGGGCAGGGGCAGGCAUGAGUGCUUGCCUGGAUUCCAAGAUGCUAAAAUGGCUGACCUGAAUCGGUGACAGGGUUCCAACAUUUGCCACAAGCCACUACUUGGUAAAUUUGGGGGAAAGCAAGAGGAAUGAGGGUCAAACUAUAGAAACAUGUUGUUAGAAGUAGGAAUUCCUUGAGUUGAGGAGUAUCAGGGCACAAGCUUUCUGUACCUCUUGUCACUUGCAAAUUAACUCACUUCGUUCUGUGAUUAGUCAUCAGGCGGCAGACAGAGGAUACAUUUGCAAGUAUGAUCGCUCGGGGGUAAAACUACCAGGAUCUUGUCUUUGGAACACUUAAUACACUUUUAUUUUCUAAUGACAUGCUAUCUGUAUAGUUGCACCCCAAGAGUGCUUCCAGACUACGUCAGACCUCUAAUCAAAAGCACUGGGCAGCUACUCCGUCUGUUCUUAAAUAGAAUGGUGGGAAAAAAUAGGAGGGUGUCAUAUGGGGGCCGACUUCCUUUGCUAAAUUUGUGAUCUGAAAAAAUGAAAGAGGUAUUUUUCUACAAAAAUCCCGAACAAGUGGAUUGGGGAGAAUGAAGUUAAAAAAACAUACCCAACUUCUCUUCUACACAGACGAUUCCAUAGGGGGUAAAUGGACAGAAGAGUGAAAGGAUACGGACAGUGACUAUUUCCAGAAUUGAAUGACUUAAUUAGGUGGGAAGGAUGCACAGGAGGGAGUGGGGAGAUGGAUAGAUGUCUUGUGGGGAAUGAAUGGUCAGAAAUGUUAGUAUGCGCUGGAUGUAGGGGUGGUGAUACGUUAAAGGAAGGGUUGUGGGAGGCAUACGUACUUAGGGAUGGGGAGAGUAUUUAAAAUAUCAGAACUUUAAAAUGUCAAAACUGCAAUGAUAAUAAAUUGUGCAUAUUUGCAUACCUUUAA